AUGUUUGCAAGCUGUGCGAGGAAAGUGCAGUAUCUCGAUGGUGGCUACAAGCGCUUCACUGCUUCGGAACUCUGCCAGCUCAUUGCCAAGCGACCGAAAAACUCACAGUCACUGCAGGACUUCCACAUAGGUCAGCGCUUGGUGCUGACAUCUGGGCGCUGGUCGUCGGACCGCUUCGUUGCCAUCGUGGUUGACCUUCGGCAGUCUGAUGACACCGUGAAGCUCCGCUACGUCGACGGCGGCUUCCGUCGAUUGAGUGUGGCAGAGCUGGAAAUGCUCAUGCUAGAGGACGCGGACUCAGAAGGCUGGGAGAAGUGGCGUGUGGGCCAGUACAUCUACCUGGCAGGUUCGGGCAAAUGGUGGGCCGGCAGAAGCUACGGUGCCACCAUCGUGGACAUCAGGGAAGUGGACUCCACGGUGAAGGUGCAGUUUAGCACCGGUGGCUUCAAGCGCCUGCCGAUGGAAGACUUCAAGCAGCUUGUCACGGAGCAACCCUCCGUGCCACUCGUCGAAAGCCUUGUGCCCCAAGUCUUUGCAGUCACCGUCGAUCCCUAA